AAGGCUUAAUCUCAAGGGAGUCUUUCCAUUGAUUUAAAAAGACAGCAGAUAGGGGACUUAAUUAGCACGUGCCUCAGUUUCUCUAUCCGAAAAACAGGGAUAAUAAUACUUGCCAGCCUCACAGGAGUUUGUGUAAAUUCAUUGUUUUUGGUUAGGUACUUUGAGGUCAUCAAAUGGAAAAUGCUUAGAAGUGCAAUUUUGCAAAGUGUUUUUUACAAUUCCAAAACCUUUAUGCUUCGUUCAUGCAGUACGCACUUCUCCUGGAUCACAGGAGAAUUUCAAUUUGGGACUUUAUGGGAUGACUCCUCCUCCCACUGUGUGAUGGUGGAGCAACUUGCCAGAAGGGGAGGGGGAGCAGGGCUCCACCCCCAUCAUCACUUUUCAAAGUAGGACUAGACAAAGACGCAGGUAGGCCAGCAGCCUUAUCCUAUAUGUGCAGUCAGUGAGUGUUCUGCAGGGAGGGCUGGAUCACUUGUGGCAGCAGGCAGCCUAUGCUGUCCUGUCCUCCAAGCCAGGGCCAGCUAAGUGGGACUGGGCAGCUGAGGCUGAACAAUAACCUCCACCUGGGUCAGAGCCCUUCAGAGCAUUCCUACAGGCCCAAGAUGCAGCUGUUUAUUAUGUUUGGCAUAUGUGUUCAAGGAAUUAGAUAUUCAGAAGAACUCAUAAGGGGGAACACUAAACAUGGAGAAGAAAUGCUAAAGAAGAUCACUGUGGUUCCAGAAUGCUUUAUGAAUGUUACUGAAAUUAUCAGGUACCAUGGAUACCCCAGUGAGGAAUAUGAAGUUACAACAGAAGAUGGCUAUAUCCUUAGCGUUAACAGAAUUCCUGGCGGGAAGAACCGUGGAAACACAGGGCAAAAGCCAGUAGUGUUUUUGCAACAUCCAAUCCUAGGAGAUGCUACUCACUGGAUUUCAAACCUGGACAACAACAGCCUGGGCUUCGUGCUAGCAGAUGCUGGCUUUGAUGUUUGGAUGGGAAACAGCAGAGGGAACACUUGGUCUACAAAACACAAGACACUUAAACCUGACCAACAAAAGUUCUGGGAAUUCAGUUUUGAUGAGAUGGGUAAAUAUGACAUUCCAGCAGUUCUCUACUUUGCCAUGAAUAAAACAGGACAAAAGCAGCUGUACUAUGUUGCCCAUUCAGAGGGCACAACUUUAGGUUUCAUAGCAUUUUCCAUUAGGCCAGACUUGGCUCAAAGAAUAAAAAUGUUCUUUGCCUUGGGGCCGGUAGCCACAAUUACAUUUGCCAAAAGCCCUCUGAUAAAGUUUGUGAGUCUUCCUGAAACACUGCUCAAGACUGUAUUUGGAACUAAAGGAAUCUUUCAUCAGAGUGAAUGUCUGCAAAAGCCUCUUGCCCUAUUGUGUACCAAGCUGGAUAAGUUUUGUGCAUCUGUCCUCUCUUUUGUGGCUGGGCGUAAUGAGCAAAACUUAAAUAUGAGUCGGUUAGCCAUGUACGUCGGACAUUCGCCUGCUGGAACAUCUGUACAGAAUGGCUUACAUUGGCGCCAGGUAUUGUAUUCAAAGCAAUUGCAAGCAUAUGACUAUGGCUCUAAGGAAAAGAACAUGGAAAAAUACAAUCAGACUACUCCUCCUAUGUACAAGAUAGAAGAACUGAAAAUGCCCAUUGCUAUUUGGAGUGGUGGACAUGACUUGUUUGCAGACCCAAAGGACAUGGCCGCAUUACUUGGUCGAAUUACUAAUCUCAUUUAUCACAAGCAUUUUCCUGAAUGGGAACAUCUAGAUUUCACUUGGGGUCUUGAUGCAGCUAAGCGCAUGUAUGUGAAAAUCAUUGAGCUGAUGAGGAAGCAUCUCUGAAGCCACACAGUGGUUCCUGAGGUUGAAUGAUUUGAUCCUUCUAUUAUGUUCAGAAAUAAGGAUGGUUUUCUUUCUUUAAAGUGAUUAAUCAUGGGAUUAGUAAAGGGCUUUAUGGUGACUGGCUUAUAUUUUACUACAUUUGUCACUCUACUAUAUUUUCCAAACUAGUGAAUUUCAAUAAAUAGGGAACUACCUCAGGAAGCUGAGAUACAUUUCCAAGAGGAAUCUGUUUAAGAGCUACAAAAGCAGUCAUGUACAUACCCCCUGUAAUACCACAGGGGAUCACUUUCUUUGAAAUGUUUUAAUCUCUGCCAUAUAGUCUAUCAGUAGGUGAUUCAUGAUAUUCAUCCAGUUCCAGACGAUAACAUUUCUUUCAUCGCUUUUAAAAAGCAUGUUUUUAGUGGGAAGCUUUUAAAGAGAUUGUCAAAGUGCUUAGGUCAAAAAAAAAAUUGACUUUGGUGCUUGAGAAUGAUUCCCUUCAUAGCCUCUGGCCAACUCACUCACUCAACUUCUCUUUCAAGUUUCCUAUUCUCAAAAUAGCCUACCUUGUAGGGAUGUAGUGAGGAUUCAUUUUUUAAUGUUUGUAAAGAAC